CGGGGGCCCAACGUAAACGUCCACGUCCUCAGCGACUUUGCUGUUCCUCACUCAGUCCAACUCCUGUCUCCGACCACGUUCACCAUGUCUGAACUGUGCCCCGUCUACGCGCCCUUCUUUGGUGCCAUGGGCUGUACCAGCGCAAUUGUCUUCACCUGCAUUGGUGCUAGUUAUGGUACCGCGAAGUCAGGAGUUGGCAUUUCAGCCAUGUCCGUCCUCCGGCCUGACCUCAUGAUGAAGUGUGUCAUCCCGGUCAUCAUGGCUGGUAUCAUCGCCAUCUACGGUCUCGUCGUGUCUGUGCUCAUUUCCGGUAACUUGUCAAUGGAGAUGACCCUGUUCCAGGGUUUCGUCCAGCUCGGUGCCGGUCUGUCCGUCGGCCUCGCGGGUCUUGCUGCUGGUUUCGCUAUCGGUAUUGUCGGUGAUGCUGGUGUCCGCGGUACGGCGCAGCAGCCCAGGCUCUUCGUCGGCAUGAUCCUCAUUCUCAUUUUCGCCGAAGUCUUGGGCCUGUACGGUCUCAUUGUUGCCCUCAUCAUGAACUCGCGUGCGGGUGACGUCACCGGUGUGUGCUCUGCAUGAAUGACACGAUACUCUCCGCCCUCCCGAGGAUGUAGCGAUGGAAAGAGGCACGAUGAGCUUUCUCCUACUCAUGGACAAUAUCCAGCGCUGUCCACACACUCUCUCAGCAAUGCCAGUUGCUUUCCCAGUUCUACGUUCAUGUGCUGUACGGUACAUAUAAUACCAUAUCUCGUUCCGGCC